UGGAGGAAGUAUUAUUUUCUAAAAUCAGUCGAGUCGUUGUUAACACGAACUAGUCCGUCCAAACCAACUGUAAUAAACAGAUAUUAAGAAAAUCAUUAAAACGAAAGAGUAGUCGCUUUUAUCCCUUUAGCAGCGUUGGUUCUCAAAACCCACCAUUCAUUCUACUACCCCAGUUGAAAUUGAAUUCACCACCAUUUCUUAUCGCUUUGUGAGCAGCUCAAAGUGUCGUCUUAACUGUGCUUUACUUGAAUUGGUACACGCAUGCUACCUGUUUGUUGAAUUGCUUCAAUGGCUUUCUCUUUCUCUUCCUUUCUCAAGUGUCACCCAUGGCCUCAGUCUCAAAAUCUACCAAACCCCAUUCCAUUUCCUCCUUCUUUCCAUUCUCCUAAACCCGUUUCUCUCCCAUUUUCAACCCGCCAAGAACGUGUUCCUUCAGUUUCAGCCUCCAAUUCAUCUUCUGUUUCAACUGUUUUACCUUCCAAAGCAAAAGAACUCUUACCUGAGUUCACUCCCAAACAACUUCUAGACACCCUUCGGAGAGAAAAUGAUGUAACUUCAGCUUUUCACCUCUUUGAAUGGGCUUCUAAGCAACCCCAUUUUACACCCAGUUUGUCUGUAUAUGAGGAGAUUCUUAGGAAGCUAGGAAAUGUGGGGUCUUUUGAUUCGAUGAGGCGAGUAUUGGAUGAUAUGAAGAAAUUGCAGGUUGAAUUAGUUGAAGGUACUUUCUUUAUCUUUAUUGAAAGUUAUGCAAAGUUUGAUUUGUAUGAUGAAGCUAUUGGGGUUCUUGAUAUGAUGUUGAAAGAGUUUGGUAUAAAGCCUGGAACUUUUAGUUUCAAUUUGUUGUUGAAUGUUCUUGUUGAUGGAAAUAAGUUAAAACUUGUCGAAAAUGUGCAUAGUAGAAUGUUGGAUGAAGGGGUAAAGGCGGAUGUAUCGACUUUUAAUAUAUUGAUUAAAGCUUUAUGUAAAACACAUCAAAUUAGGCCAGCUAUUUUGAUGAUGGAGGAAAUGCCUGUCCAUGGUUUGGUUCCGGAUGAGAAGACGUUUACGACGAUAAUGCAAGGUUAUAUUGAGGAAGGGAAUUUAGAUGGUGCAUUGAGAAUUAGGGACCAAAUGGUGGCAGCUAAAUGUCCUGCAAGUAAUAUUACUGUGAACCUUUUGAUUCACGGGUACUGUAAAGAAGGCAGGAUUGACGAAGCUCUUAAUUUUGUGCAAGACAUGUGUAGUCGAGGGUUUUCUCCGGACCAAUUUACCUUUAACACUUUGAUAAACGGUUUAUGCAAAGCAGGGCAUGCUGUCCAAGCCUUGGAUAUUCUGGAUUUAAUGCUUCAAGACGGGUUUGACCCCGAUGUAUAUACUUAUAAUAUUUUGAUUUCUGGACUUGGUGAAGUGGGUGAAGUCCAAGAGGCUAUUGAGCUUCUCAAUCAGAUGCUUGUAAGGGACUGCUCGCCUAAUACAGUCACUUAUAACACCAUUAUUAGUGCUUUGUGCAGGGAGAACCAAGUCCAAGAAGCUACUGAGUUUGCUCGUGUUCUUACAAGCAAGGGAUUCCUACCUGAUGUUUGCACUUUCAAUUCUCUCAUACAAGGUCUCUGCUUCACCGGCAAGUUCAACGUUGCAAUGGAACUGUUUGAAGAAAUGAAAAACAAAGGGUGCGAGCCAGACGAGUUCACUUACAAUAUCCUAAUUGAUUGUCUCUGUGCCAAAAGGAGAUUAGGUGAAGCUAUGAACCUACUCAAAGAUAUGGAGUCAAGCGGCUGUGCAAGAAGCGUGAUAACAUACAAUACUUUGAUAGAUGGCUUCUGCAAAGACAAGAAAAUUGAAGAAGCAGAAGAGAUCUUCGACCAAAUGGAACUACAUGGGGUUUCUAGAAACUUGGUCACCUAUAACACUCUCAUUGAUGGUCUUUGUAAGACCAGGCGGGUUGAGGAGGCUGCUCAGCUUAUGGACCAGAUGAUACUGGAAGGACUAAAGCCUGAUAAAUUCACAUUUAAUUCCAUUCUUUCUCACUUCUGCAGAGCAGGUGAUAUAAAAAAGGCAGCAGACAUUGUGCAAACCAUGACAUCAAAUGGGUGUGAACCAGACAUUGUUACGUACGGGACCCUAAUCCAGGGACUAUGUAAAGCAGGUAGGGUUGAGGUUGCAAGCAGGCUCCUCAGAAGUAUUCAAAUGAAAGGAAUGGUUUUGACCCCACAGGCCUAUAAUCCUGUAAUUCAGGCACUCUUCAGACGGCGGAGAACCAAGGAAGCCGUAAGACUCUUCAGAGAAAUGGAGGAAACGGCUAAUCCUCCUGAUGCUUUUUCUUAUAAGAUUGUUUUCCGUGGUAUUUCUUCUGGUGGGGGCCCCAUUCAAGAAGCUGUUGAUUUUUCUAUUGAGAUGAUGGAAAAAGGACACAUUCCUGAAUUCUCCUCAUUCUACAAUCUUGCUGAAGGACUGUAUUCUUUGUCUAUGGAAGAUACACUAAUUAAGCUUGUUGGCAUGAUCAUGAAGAAAGCAAAGUUCUCAGACAGUGAGGUUACCAUGAUUAAGGGUUUCCUGAAAAUCCGGAAAUACCAAGAUGCACUGGCUACUCUUGGCCGUGUCUUAAAUAGCAGAAAUCCCAAAAGGACAUACUGGGAUUAAGAAAUGAUCCAAAGUAGAGGUCCAGAAACUAAGGAAUCAAACUGUAUCAGUUGCUUGCUAGGAUAGUAAUCAGUGGCUAAAUUUGUCCACUCAGUUUACAGGAAUCAAUGGGUUCCUAUUUUGGCCAUCUCUGAAAUAAUCUCUUUAAUGAGUUACAAGUCAAAUAGUGGGGACACUUCCAAGCUUCAUGCAGUUCUCUAGUAGGCUUAAAUAAUGUAUUCAUAUAUUUUCCUUUUGACAUUCCAAUUUGAGCAAAUAUUAGCUAAGGUUGUCGCUGACCUCUGCUCUUAGAUACACGGAACACAGAAUUUUAACCAUAUCAAAGCCAUCUUACUAAGUUAAUGCCAGAAAUGGCGGUUUCUCUUGAUCAGCAUGAUACAGACCAUGUACAUGUUAUAUGCUUCUUUAAAGUUUCUGAAGCUGUUUCUCAAUGAAAUUGUUGCUUUUUAUCCACAUAUCCUUUUUCAGGGCUGUAAAGCUCACUCCAACAAGACUCGUGUUCUCUUUCCUUAUAAAACAUGAAACUUUCAAUGCAAGAAAUGCCAAAAUCAUUGGGAUAAAGAAGAACUUGAUAUCGGGGUAGCUAUUAACUGGUAAUUACCUGAAAACAUAACAUAGUAGAAUUCAUCCUAGUAACUAUAAGUUUCUUGUAUGUAUCCAUUUUUACCUGAACAUUUGAUGACGAAAUAUGAAGCACAUGCAUAAUAGGAAAAAAAAUCCUACAUGGUUGCAAGCAUGUUUUCUCUGUCAUCCUGAAAGUCAAUUCAAUUAAAGUUAUCAUGGAUGAAUGUACUAAGCCCUAAUUCAGAAGGUAUGUCUUGUUCUCCUCAUUUUUCGUUUGUUUGUUUUUUCAUUAUAUUAACUUCAAGUUCUGUGAUCAUUUUAUUAGUGUUGCAAAUUCAUGAAGACUCACUAGUACAAGCUUGUUUCCUCGGACAAGUUGGAUAAGUUUUAAGCUCCAAGUGGCUGCAUUUGCCUAAAGGGGAAAGUCAGUCUUCCACGAGUCCUUGCAUCGUGCUGACCAGAUUGUGCUUUACUUCAGUUGUUCAGGCCGGAUUAAUUAUUUUUGAAACCAAUAGGUCUUCUUAUCUUGACAUGGGAAUCUUAUCGCUCUUGACUGCUCAUGAAGGUGAUUAUAGUGCCUAUAAAAAAGUGUGCAUAAACGAUCUUGAUUCAUCGAUGUAUGGAUAGUUAACUUUGAAGUAAAUUAAAGAAGUCUGCUGGGAAAUAUGCCCACUCCUUUUCCCUUAA